AUGCACGAAGCCUCUAACGAAGGGCCUCCAGUUCGGGAAGCCUCCAGCGACGGUCGCCAUUCCGGAGCCUCCAGAGAUGGCUGCCAGUCCGCGGUCCCCGCCAGCACGAGGGUAAACCCAGUCGCGGGCCCGCAGCAACGAGGGUGCCAAGUCCGGGGCCCGCACGAGGGUCUCCAGUCCGGGGCGGCCGGCGAGUGUCCCCACACCAGGAGCAUCACCAAGCGGGGUGAGCCAGAGGAGGUUCUGGGUAUCCUGGUGUCUCUACAGAGUCAAGGUCAAACUAGUGGAUGUUCUCGCGGAGGGGAUGUGUCGGUGGAGCUGCCUUUUGUUCUAAUGCACCCCAAACCCUCUGACCUACCCAUCUCCAGACCUCAAUCAGUCGUCCCAGAAACAUAUGCCCCAGUUGGCAGUAACCUGAUAGAGUUUGAGACAAAUAAUUUCUCUCAGGAUGAUGACUUUGUGUUCGAGGACUUUGCCCGUCUGCGGCUGAAAGGAACGAAGGACGAUGAGGAUGACCACUUGUGCUAGCUCUCCCUCCCCCAGGACCAUGCACCUGAACCUGGGGAGAGGUGCUAGGCGAGUCCCUGGUCUCAUGUUGUCUCCAGGCCAGUAGGCUCAACUUCAGAAAGGGGGAGCAGGAGCACUCAUAUAUAUUCUAUUUUUCAUUUCCCCCCUUCUACUUCCUCUUCGUCUUCUUCUCCUUCUUCUUCUUCUCUCUUCUUUAUUGUAUAUCUUUGAUUGCAUUUUCCAUUUCUACUCCUUUGUUUUGUCACGCGUUUGUUUGCGAAACAGAGAGAAUGAGAGAUGAAACACAGAGAGAUGAGAGAGGUGGAGAGAUUUAUAGGAGUGUCGAGUCGACAGUCUCUGUUUUAGGAAAUCCUUCUAUAUGUUUUGGAUCCAUUCUUUGAUUCAGGGUUGAUGUUAUUUGUUCUAUACGCUCUAUAGGUCCCAGCUUUAUAAGAAGUGGGUAGACAGACAGAUAUACAUUUGUCAUUAUUUACAUGAUUGAAUACCAUGGAACCUAAGGUUGCAAAAUUCCCCAAAUUCCCAGAUUUUCCAAACAUUCUGGUCAGAAGAAUCUGGAUUUCCAACUUAUUCUCUCCUGAUUCUGGGAAUCUUCCAACCAAGAUUUCUGGGAAAACCUGGGAAUUUUGAGGAAAGUUUGGGGAAUUUAGGCAAUCCUAUAUGUAACUGUAAUGUACAGGACUGCGUUGCUGCACAACUACUUAGAGGGAACAUGAGUUUAAUAUUUUAGUUAAUUACAUUGUUAUGACAUAGUUAUAACCAGUUAUUACACUGUAAUUACAUUGUUAUUAUGCUACUAUUAUUACACCUUUACCUUAUCCUUGACACCCAUUAUACCCAAUAUGUAACUCAAUACUUUACCCCUUUAUGGCAAGUGUGAAACGAUUACAUAUCCUCACAGUGAGGGAGGGAGUGUGUAAGUGUACUGUGUGUGCAGUGCACUUACAGUUAUUGUCGCAGGGUGUAAAGUGUACUUACAGUCAGCUACAGUGAGCGUUUUAGUGUAGUGCAGUUACACUAAGGGUGUGAGUGUGAUGCAUUCAGCGUGAGGAUGCAGGUGAUCGUAUGUACAGACAGUGUAUUCUGUUAAGGACUACAUAGGAGACUUCAGGCAGCAAAACCUACACACACACACACACACACACACACACACACACACACACACACACACACACACACACACACGUCCUACAGUUCAUGGCGGAUGCCAUGAACACGAUAAAUAGCUAUUCUUUUUACGUUCAUGGAUUUUUUCCAAAAGUCGUUUUCUUGGUAGGUCAGGUCAGUUUGAUCGAACUCAUCUGUCAAUAGAGUCAGGGCUCAUGUCUAUGACGAUAGCUUACUGGUACUGUUACUGUACUGUACUGUACUGUACUGGGCCAAUUAUAAAGCUGUGGUUUUCUAGAGGAAGUAGGAGUGCUGAUCUUAGGAUCACAUCCCCCCCGUCAAUAUAAUCUUAUUCAUUUUGAUCGACCAGGCCAAAAGUGAUUGUAGAAUCAGCCAAGGAUUAUUUUUUGACAGCUCACAAAGGGUGCCCCCCUGGUGUGUGAAAAGGUCUAUUAAUAGAGUAUUUAAAGGAGGUUGAAGGUGGAAGUUUCCCCCUCCACUGAUACAGGGUAAGAUUAUUUUUUAGUGU